AUGGAUUCAGCAGCAACAAUAACAGAUACUUCUAAUGUAGUCAUCAAUGAUAGCACACAUCAACAACAACCGGAACACCAACCUGAACAACAACCUCUACAACAACAACAACCAGAGGUGACUAUUACUGAUGCCAACGCCAGCGACACAUCAGCGCCGGUACCUGUUGCAACAGUUGACACCUUAAGUGGUGAUCAACAGAUUGUAAUGAUGAAGCUUGAACCAUUGCCACUGAUCGAACAAGUUGAUCAAGUUGAACAACAGCCUAUGGUGAUCCAGUUUGAGCCACUGCCACAGAUCGAACAAGUACAGCAAGUUGAACAAGUUGAACAAGUGACACAGACAUCCAAUGUACUCGAAUCAGUUGCUGAGCAGGUUGUGUCAGUGCCACAACAACAACAACAAGCCCAUAUCCAGAUUGAGCCCCUUCCUCAGAUAGUUGACGAGCAAGAACAGGUCAAGAUUGAGCCACAACAGGCUGAGCCAGAUCAAAUAGUUCAAGAGCAGAUAGUUACUGAUACUAAAGUGGCACCACCUGUAGAUGAUGCCGACUCUGACAGCAGCAGUAGUAGCAGUGACAGUAGUGAUGAGAGUGACUCCGACAGUAGUGUCAGCAGCAGUGAUAGUAGUGAUGAUGACUUGGAUGAUAUCAUAGAGGACAAAUCUAAAACUUCAACAACUUCAACAACAUCAACAACAUCAACAACAAAGAAGAGAAAGGUGGAUGAUUAUGACGAUGAUGAUGACGAACCAAGAGAGAAGAAGACCAACGCCAAUCAGGUGCCAUCAGAGGCACCUAUCUUGAUUGAUAUACCAGCGACUGUACCAAUCAACUUACUGGGGCGACUACAAAGCAUUGUUGAGGAUAUGAUAGUUAUCAAGUCUGACACCACUGGUGUCUCAUCGGCCAACCUCAAAGACAGGCCAGCUCUGGACAUUGACUCCAUAGUAUGUCUGGAAGAUCGUACACCAUUUGGCAGGAUAUACGAGGUGUUUGGUCAGAUAUCCGAUCCAUUCUACUCUGUUAGGAUACCAUCCAACAUUUCAAUCACCUUGGCAAAGGCAGCAACAGCAGCAGCAUCAUCAUCGGACACUACAACCGCUGCCACUCUUCCAACUGACGCGACAGAGCCAACUACAACAACAACAACAACCGAGUCGAACAACAUCAGCAAGAAGAAUAUAACGAUACAACAUAAUACCAAAGUAUAUUAUGUCAAUCAACCUGAUCUGGCCAAGUUUGUCAUCCCAUCAAGGAUUUACACAAAGGGCGUGGACGCUUCGAACGAGAAUGACGAGGAGUUGGAUGACAAGGACAUUGAGUUCAGUGACGAUGAGAAGGAGAGAGAAUAUAAGAGUCAACGUAAUAGGAAGAAGAGAAAGAAUAAGAAUAACAACAACCAUAACAACAAUAGACCAAAGAGUGAUUUGGAUUACAUUCAAUCAACAUUCGAAUAUAAUCCAUUGCCAAGAAAUGCUCAACCACCUCAAUAUCCACAACAAGGACAAGGACAAGGACAACAACAACAAUAUCGACAACAACACCAACAAGGACAACAGGGACAAGGACAACAACAUCGUGUACCAGCAUUCAUGCAGCGACAACACCAGCCACAACAACAACAGCAGCAUCUUCCACAGAACUCAUCAUAUUUCCAACAACUCCAACAGAUUCAAACUAUACCUCAACAACAACCACAACAACAACAGCCACAACAGCCACAACAGCAACAGACUAGAACAAUGGAUUACCAACAGGUGAUCACUCAACAGAUUAUGAGUCAACAACAGCAACAACCAUAUCAACAACAGCACUAUCACAUUGCCAAUCCUUAUAAUAAUCAUCAACAACAACAGGUGACAUCCACAAGUAUUCCAUCGCCACAACCACAACAACAACAACAACCGCCACAACAAUACUAUCAACAACAACCAGUUAUAUUCUCACAGGCACCCAGUUUCAAUCUGCCACAGCCUCAAUCAUAUGCAUUGCCACCUGAUUCAAAGUGA